UUCUUGCUCAUAUUUAUCCCUUUCUCCAAACUCUUAUAAACGACAUCUCAAAUUCCCCAAUUCUUGUCCCUCGCUUAUAUCUCUAACUAGCUCUCUCUCUCAAAAUAUGGCACACAUUGUCUCAUCACCAUGCCUUGUCUUUUUUAUUUGUUUCUUAUUUCCAUUUGCUAGGCCUUUCACCGUCAUUAUGUCGGAUUCGGGUGUGCCAUCCGCCCUGAUUGACGGGCCACAAACCGGGUUCUCCAUGAACAACAACGGGGCCCGAACCGACACCCGCGAGCAAGAAGCUGUUUACGACAUCAUGCGGGCCACAGGCAAUGACUGGGCCACCGACAUCCCCGACGUCUGCCGAGGCCGUUGGCACGGCAUCGAAUGCAUGCCCGACCAGGACAAUGUCUACCACGUCGUUUCGCUCUCCUUUGGUGCUCUUUCCGACGACACUGCCUUUCCCACUUGUGACCCGACCCGCUCCCAUAUUUCACCUUCCAUUACCAAGCUUCCUCACAUUCGGACUCUGUUUUUCUACCGUUGUUUCACUGAUAACCCACAGCCUAUCCCUUCCUUUUUGGGUCAGUUGGGUCCCACGCUGCAGACUCUGGUGCUUAGAGAAAAUGGCCAUGUGGGUCCCAUUCCUGGUGAAUUGGGCAAUCUCACCCGUCUAAAAGUUAUUGAUCUCCACAGAAACAAUCUCAACGGUUCGAUUCCGCUUUCGUUGGGCCGGAUCACCGGUCUAAAGUCGUUAGAUUUCAGUGGGAAUAGACUAACCGGUUCAAUACCCAGUUUGAGCUUCCCUAUUUUGAGUAUUUUCGAUUUGAGCCAAAACCUUUUGAUGGGUUCGAUCCCAUCUUCGAUUUCAACCUGCCGUUCUCUUGUCAAAAUCGAUUUUAGCCGAAAUCGACUCACAGGUCAAAUCCCCGAGUCCAUCAACGGGUUGAUGAACCUUAUGCUUUUGGAUUUAAGCUAUAAUCGGCUCUCGGGUCCCCUUCCCAUGUCCCUUAGAAGCUUAACUUCUCUCCAAGCUCUGAUUCUCAAAGGAAACCCAAUGGGGUCCACAACAAUUCCUGAUGAUAUGUUUGAUGGAAUGAAGGGGUUGAUGAUCCUGAUUUUUUCAAACAUGAACCUCCAUGGCGCUAUACCAACAUCACUAGGCCGAUUGCCAAAUCUUCGUGUUCUACAUCUUGACGGGAACCAUUUGAACGGAUCGAUUCCAAUAAGCUUUCGAGACUUGAAAAAUCUUAGUGAACUGAGAUUGGACGAUAAUGGGUUAUCCGGGCCUAUCCCAUUUGGGAAAGAAAUGGUUUGGAGGAUGAGAAGGAAGCUUAGGCUUUGUAGAAACUCAGGACUCUGUUACAAUGCCAAUAGUGGUCUGGAAGACAGUUUGGAUCCAACGUUUAAUUCAGGUAUCGGUUUAUGCGAAUCGCCGAGACCCGGUUUGGCUAGUACAGUUCAGCAUCUUUCUGCCGUCGAAAGAGAAAUACCGAACACGGUUAAAGUAUCAUCAAGUUCAGUUCAUAAAUGCUCUGUUUUUGUUGGGUUGCUUGAGAUAUUGUUGUGUUUCAUUGUAAUUUUGCUGUGAGAGAAAAUGUUUUGUCUACUGUACAGUGUUUGGGUUGUCUUUCAGGCUUAGCCCGCAGACAUGUUACCAGCCCAAAUUGGCUUUCUUUGGGCUUUUUUGUAAUUAUAUAGCCCUGUUCCUAUCAUAGACUUCUCUCUUCUGGGCUUGUGUUUCAAGUUCCCUUCUUUAUGUUACUCGUUCUUAGCCCCAUUUUUGCUGUCACUGAUUGAUGAGUGUCUAAACCUUUGUAGAAAGCCCAAUUGAGUGCCAAAAAAGGUUGGAAGCCACGGUCCAAGCCGCAAGCCUAAUGCUAUUUUAUUCAAUUUUCACUUUAUGUUCAUUUUGCAUUCAAUAAGAUUAUAGAAAGCAUAAAGAAGUAAAUAGAUUUAAGUGUAAAAGUUAGGAUAUCCAUUUGUAUUGGAGAGUUAAACAUUAUGGAAAUAU